UCUAUAUUUUAUUUUUACGUCUAUGGUACAAGUUGUCAAGAGGAUAGACAAAAGAGAAGAGAAGAAAUGAACAAAAAUCGUCACAAUGCGCAGACGCGAAGCGCGAAGUAGUUCAAAUGUUCCAAAAUCAAAGAAUGCAAGACUGACUAGAAAGCAUAAAAAAAUAGUUUUUUACGUUAUCACGUGGAAGCUGUACGCUUGGUAAGCUAUUUAUGAUUAAUGUCUAUAAUAUUUGAGUGUUCGACUUGAUAUUUGUUAAUACGAGAUGGUGAACGUCCAAACAAGCAAAAUGCUUACAAAUAAGCACAUAAAGGUAUAGAGACAUAAACAAAACUAGAUUCAACAAGUGAACACGGGUCCCCAUCUUCGACUUGGCGAUUGUUUAUUUUAUCACUGCUGAACAUGUCCAAAGUAUCAAAAAAGGGGCGCAAUCCAGGCGCUGUAGACAGUUGGCUGGACUCGCUAGGUCUCUAUAGGAAAAACGUAGCCUACGAUGAGACUUGUUUGUUCAGAGCUGUUAGUGAACAGGUGUAUGACUGCCAGGUGUACCAUGAAAGAGUACGAAAGGAGUGUAUAGCUUUCGGUAGGAAAAACUACCAUUUAUUUCACUAUUCAUUCAAGACUGAAGAGAAAUUCUUAGAGCAUCUGGACCAGCUGGAGAAGCACAUGGUUGUGUGUGGGGAAGCUGAAAUUGAUAUCAUCAGUAGGAAAUACAACCGGGAUGUUAUCAUAUUUGAUGCUACUGAUCAAAGAAUCUAUGAUGCAACUAAAAGAAGUAAAGAAAAAAGCAAUAUUGCUCUGUUUCAUGGAUAAAGAUCAUUAUGAUGUAGUUUAUAAGAAGGAUCACAUAGCAGUUGCUGGUUUUUGUCAGUCUAUGGUAUACAAACUUCUAUAUGAAGAUGUCUUCAAAAUCCCUAAUGUAGAUGACAUAGUCCAUAACAUGCUAUAUGAAAAGAACAGUAUAACAACUCAAGCAGAAAUGCAACUGUUGAAACCAAAGAUUAGGAAUGAAGAUGAAGCAGGACCUUCCUCAAAGCCAGAUUCCUUGUGGGAUGACACAGAGAACCCCUUGAAUGUGGCCCCAUUUCCCUUCAAGGUUGCCAAGGCUUUGGAUCCCAAUAUUUAUAGGAAUAUUGAGUAUGAUACCUGGGGAGAAGUAAGGAGAGAACUGAGACUGAGUGACUGGUAUUAUGGCGAUGACAAACUGAUCCUGGGUACCAGAUGCAUUUACAAUGACCCAUUCGGUACAAAACACGACUGCUACAUACAGGAGUUGCUCAAAGAUCAGAACAAGUGUAUUAUAUACUUGACCAAAGAAGUAGAGAAGAAGACAGUGAACUAUUCUGAUCUCUCUCCUGAGGAUGAUGCGAAACCUUGGCCUCUGCCUUAUAGAUUCAUGAAGAAUCUAGUUCUUUCACCUGAAAAACCUCCGGUAGACGUCAGACAUCCGCAGAGAUCUCACAAGAAAAAGAACAAAGAUAAGAAACGUACCAAAAGUGAAAGCAGUUUAGUAUCAGUACUUCCUGCCACGUCUGAACCAAUCGAAAACUAUGUCGGCAUGCCUUUGCAAAUGCAGCCUUCGACACCGAUUGAGCAGAAUAACAACCAAACUGUUGGAACGUCGACUGAAACGCAGACUGACUACACUGUAGCUGAAAGCACUGAAACUACACCUGAUCCUUCAGCCGCUCAAAAUAGGUAUCCCUAUGGAUGGCAACCGUAUGGGACCCCGUUGACUCCAACUCCGUUUGUGUGGCCUCAAGCGCCUCAACCGUUCAACUAUAAGACAGUGGUUGCCUCAGCACCGGUUACUCCAGAUGUCAUUCCAUACCACGACGUGAACAACCCCUUCUACUACAACUACCACGUCAGCAACGUAUACCCGCAGCAAAACUACCCGUGGUUGUACGCUCCGUCCGAGUACCAGCAGCAGUCUGACGACGCGACGAGGCAACCGAUCGUCGACCAAUCGGAGCAGCAGUACGUCGAGGUUGCUCAAUCGCCGUUGGUGGUCGAACAGCAGCCGCAGACGAACGGGUACGAAGCGAUGCCGCAACCUGCGCAGACGGAGACGACGCUGAUGCACGAGAGGCCGAGGUUGACCUUGAACCUCACGCCGCCCAGUCCGAACACGGCCGUGAAGAUGUUCCCGUCUGUUAUUACAGUUCCUCCAGGUACCCCUGUACUGUACGCCGUUCAACCCCAAGAGAUGUCCGAAGUACUGAUGUCUCCGACUCAGAUGAUGUACGCCUCUCCGGCAGUAGACGCGAUGUCUUACAUGCCCAGGAACACCUUCGUCUUCCCGCCCACUCCGCCGUCCACGUGGUACACACCGGGGGUCACGUCGCAAGGUUUUGUGUUCCCUCCACAGUAUUGAGUGAGACUCGAUGAGCAGUUAAAAAAUGCAAUAUCAUGUGUGUCGAUUCGGUAUAACCCGCGAAAAGUUUGACCCUGAAAAAUAUCUAAUAGUAUAUUUUGAACCAAAAAAGAUGUAUCACACGAUGCUUCAAGUCAAGCUGGGGGUCUAAAUUAUUCGCAGGAUUAACUUUUUAAUAUAUGUUUAUAUUUGUUUUUGUGGCGUAUCGCGAGGAUAUCGUUUUUGUUUUUUUUUUCAGAAAUAUAUUUUUGUUUGCCUUUUUUCAUCUAAGAGGAUAUAUUUAUGUUAUUCGUGAGGAAAGUAUAUUUAAGUUUAAAUAAUAUCGCGUCAGAUCGACGCGUUAUUUUGUUAUACUUGUACUAUAUAUGUAUAUAUAAUCAGUGACAAUAAGUACUAAAUAAUCAUAUUAGCAAAUUUCCCGGCAAUAAUUGUAAAGUCUGGUUUUAUUGGUACAAGUUGUUCAAGGGGGUAUUUAAAAUAUGGACGUAUAAAAUGGGUACACCGAUUUUUGCGGGGAAACUUUUUAUUUGACUACAAAGAAUGAGAGUGUUUUUAGGGAUUUAAUCGAAAGUGUUGAUAGGAACGAAAAAACUUUUUAUAUAAUAUUUUUAGGUAUUUUUGAGACCUACAAAAUGAGGCCACACGUAAAAAGAUUCGACUGAUAGCAAAAAUAUUAUGACCAAAAAACGAGGCAAAUGUUUUGGCACUUAUGCGACGAUAAUUCCACGCAACUACUCGAAAUUCUUCAAAUCGUUCGGAUUCAUACUUCUAAAUAACAACCAUAAAAUUGGAGUAUAUUGGUCAAGUAGUUUCUUGAUAAUUCCUAAUUGUUUAUCCCAAAACACCUGUUUUCCGGCCAUUACUACUAGUUUAUUGAGCAAUAUACAGGGUUCGUUCAAAGAGCAUUUAAUAGCAAAAUACACGUGUUUACCUUGCCGAUAUCAAUCACAAACCAUUCCCAAAGAUAACUGUUAUUUUUAUGCGAAAAACAAAGUUUACGUUUUUUUCUUCUAAACAAAUCCAAACCUUUCGUAUUUGUGAGUAAUUGAACAAAUGCACUACGAUAUUCGGAAAACAUUUGUUACUAUACACAUUUUAAAACAAAGCGGAUGUAUCUACCAUCUUUUGUUGCAAAUUACUCACAAAUACGAAAUGUUUGAAUUUGUUUAGAAGGAAAAACGUAACCCAUCCUUUUUUGCAUAAAAAUAACAUUUAUCUUCCGGAACGGUAUGCGAUUUAUAUCGGCAAGGUAAAUUAGUGUAUUUUGCUAUAAAAUGCCAUUUGAACUAAUCGCAUAUUGCUGAAUCAUCUAGUAGUGUUGGCCGGAAAACAGAUAUUUUGGGAUAGUUAGAAAUUCUCAAAAACUACUUGACCAAUGUAUUCCUAUUUUGUUGUGGUUAUUUAGAAGUACGAAUCCUACGAAUUUGGAAAAUUUCAAGCAUCUGCGAGAUCCAUAGUAGCCAAAACCUGCCUCGGUUUUCGUCCAUAACUUUUUUGAUAUUAGUCGGAUCUUUUUACGUGUGGUCUCAUUUUGUAGGUCUCAUCGAUACCUAAAAAUCUUAUAUAAAUAGUUUUUUCGUUACUGCCACCACUUUCGAUUAAAUCCCCAAAAACACGUUUUCUCAUUCUUUGUUGUCUAAUAAAGUUUUCCCACAAAAAUUGAUGUGCCUAUUUUACGCGUCCAUGUGUUGAAUACCCUCUUGAACAACUUGCAGCAAUAAAACCAGACUUGAAAAUUAUUUCGCAAACCAGGGGUAUUUUCGUCUAAUAUGAUUGGACUAAUAGUAAAAACUCUUUGUAAACUAUAAAGUAUUAUUUACUUUUUUGCGAGAUUCAACGGCUGUGAAAGUAGAAAAAAGUAAGUCCUACUUUGACUUUUGAUCUCAUUCAGAAAUAUUUUUUACGUUGAUCUGCCA